GCAAGAUGACCCAAAAAAGCCACAGGCUAAAAGGUCCUGCAGCUGUGCUCACUCCAUGCUGCGUCAGAAGUUAGAAGGCAAGUGGUGUGAGCAGCCUCUUAUGGAAAUGUGGAUCUAGCAGCAGAAGAUGAACACCGGGAGAAGCACAAAGUGCACCACAACAAGCCUUCUUUGGAGGAAGAGACUGACUCUGCAUCAUGAAUACAUUGUCUGAAUCAAAUGGGACCUUUGCCAUCAAUCUUUUGAAGAUGCUAUGUCAAAACAACCCUUCGGAAAAUGUAUGUUAUUCCCCUGUGAGCAUCUCCUCUAGUCUAGCUAUGGUCCUCUUGGGGGCAAAGGGAAACACUGCAGUUCAGAUAUCUCAGGUACUUGGCUUAAGCCCAGAGGAAGAUAUCCAUCACAGCUUCCAGUUGCUUCUCCAUAACCUGAACAAGCCCAACAGAAAGUACUCCCUUAGAAUGGCCAACAGGCUCUUUGCUGAGAACACUUAUCAACUACUCCCAACCUUUAAGGCAUCCUGUCUUCAGUUCUAUCACUCAGAGAUAGAGCAGCUCUCCUUUGCUGAAGCGACAGAGGAGUCCAGGAGACACAUAAACACGUGGGUCUCCAAACAAACUGAAGGCAAAAUUCUGGAGUUGUUGCCAGAUGACUCAGUUGAUUCAGAGACCAGGCUGGUUCUUGUCAAUGCUUUAUAUUUCAAAGGAAAGUGGCAUCAACCCUUUUACAGUGAAUGUACCCGUGAAAUGCCCUUUAAAGUAAACAAGAGGGAGAAAAGGCCUGUGGAGAUGAUGUGUCAGACAAACACAUUUAACUUCAUCUGUGUGAAGGAAAUCCAGGCAAAAUUGUUGGUGAUGCCCUAUGAGGGUGUGGAGUUGAACUUCAUCGUCCUGCUUCCAGAUGAUGGUGUGGACCUCAGCAAGGUGGAAAACAAUCUCACCUUUGAGAAGUUAACAGCUUGGACCAAACCAGACUUUAUGAAGACAACUGAUGUUGAGGUUUUCCUCCCAAAAUUUAAACUGGAAGAGAAGUAUGACAUGGCACCCCUAUUUGAGCAUUUGGGAAUGGUGGAUGUCUUCCAUGGGGGCAAGGCUGACUUAUCAGGAAUAUCUCAAGAGAAAGGACUGUGGGUGUCUAGGAUUAUUCACAAGUGUGUUGUAGAGGGUAACGAAGAAGGUACAGUGGCUGCUGCAGCCUCAGCUGAUGAUAUUGUAGACUACUGUGACUCUGAUGACUCUGAAACCUAUGAAACUUUCUGCGCAGACCACCCCUUCCUUUUCUUUAUCCAGCACAAGGAUACCAACAGCAUCCUGUUCUGUGGCAGGUUCUCAUCUCCAUAAAGACAUAUUAAUUAUGUGGGGAGAGUUCUCUCUUAGCAUCUCCACCUCUUCUACAGCUCUGUGAGGAUGGGGAAAUAAAGGGAAUUCAUGUUCCAAGAUGAGAGAAUUUUCUUCUUUUCACCCUGAUCUAGUGAUACCCACAUUCUUCUCACUCUACACUUACAUUCAUCUGUGCCCUUUACCAGGUCAAAGGACAAGAGAGUUUCUUGGUUUCCUGUUUUGUUUAGAAGCCAACAAUAUCCCACAUGGCUCUGCAAGGUAACCCGAAAUAAAUGCCCUACUCACUCCGUAGAGAAGUCCUGUCAGCUACACACACUGUGUUUCCCUGGCACCUCAAUUUUUGCCUUCACUUGCAUCAACCCAAUUGCAUCAUAAUAAUGUUUAUGUGGAUGAUGACUGCUAAUGCAGUUUCUUUGGUGUCCACUAUUCACCAUGCAUGUGCCCAACUCUAUGCUAGGCUUGGGAACAUGUGAUGU